CGUAUCUUCUUUUUCUCAAGAAGAGAUAAACCCACCUACUACAGCUACUUCUUCAACAACACUAGUAAAACCCUAAGCUUCAACACUCAACCUCUUACAAUUUUCAAGAUGGCAUCUACUUUUGCUGGUAUGUCCUCAGCGGGUCCCUUGGCUGCUCCCAGCACUUCUUCAAACAAGCUUUCCUCUGUUGCUAAUAUAUCUUCAAGCUCUUUCGGGAGCAGAAGAAAUGUUGUUCUGAGAAAGGCACGCAGUACAAAAAUUUCCGCUGCAGCAAAGGAGCUGUAUUUCAACAAGGAUGGAUCAGCUAUCAAGAGGCUGCAGGUUGGUGUGAACAAACUUGCUGAUCUAGUUGGAGUUACUCUUGGCCCAAAAGGCAGGAAUGUUGUUCUUGAGAGCAAGUAUGGUGCUCCAAAGAUUGUCAAUGAUGGAGUCACUGUUGCCAGAGAGGUUGAGUUAGAGGAUGCAGUAGAAAACAUUGGUGCUAAACUUGUGAGGCAAGCUGCUGCCAAAACCAAUGAUUUGGCUGGUGAUGGGACUACUACAUCUGUUGUACUAGCCCAGGGCCUGAUUGCUGAAGGUGUUAAGGUGGUUGCAGCUGGUGCAAACCCUGUCCUGAUCACCAGAGGAAUUGAGAAGACUACAAAAGCCUUAGUAGCUGAAUUGAAGAAUAUGUCAAAAGAGGUAGAAGACAGUGAACUAGCAGAUGUUGCUGCAGUAAGUGCUGGGAACAACUCUGAAGUAGGGAGUAUGAUCGCUGAAGCCAUGAGCAAGGUUGGUAGGAAAGGUGUUGUGACCCUUGAAGAGGGAAAAAGUGCUGAAAACAGUCUCCGUGUGGUUGAAGGAAUGCAAUUUGACCGUGGUUACAUCUCACCAUACUUUGUUACUGACAGUGAGAAAAUGUCCGUUGAAUAUGAGAACUGUAAGUUACUACUGGUUGACAAGAAAAUAACAAAUGCAAGAGAUCUUGUUGGUGUCCUAGAAGAUGCUAUCAGAAAUGGUUACCCAAUUUUAAUUAUUGCCGAAGAUAUUGAGCAAGAAGCUCUAGCAACCCUUGUUGUCAAUAAGCUUAGAGGUGCUUUAAAGGUUGCUGCCCUUAAAGCUCCUGGUUUUGGUGAACGAAAAAGCCAGUAUCUUGAUGACAUAGCAACCCUUACUGGAGGCACUGUGAUUAGGGAGGAACUUGGCCUUACCUUAGACAAGGCUGACAAGGAAGUUCUAGGCCAUGCUUCUAAGGUAGUGCUGACUAAGGAUGCCACCACAAUUGUUGGUGAUGGUAGCACUCAGGACGCAGUCAAUAAGCGUGUUGCGCAGAUUAAAAACCUUAUAGAGGCAGCAGAUCAAGAUUAUGAAAAAGAAAAGCUAAAUGAAAGAAUUGCUAAAUUAUCAGGAGGUGUGGCUGUUAUACAGGUUGGAGCACAAACUGAAACAGAAUUGAAGGAGAAGAAACUAAGGGUGGAAGAUGCUCUCAACGCAACAAAGGCAGCUGUUGAGGAAGGUAUUGUUGUUGGUGGAGGGUGCACGCUCCUGAGACUUGCUUCUAAAGUUGAUGCCAUCAAGGAGACUCUUGAGAAUGAUGAGGAGAAGGUUGGAGCUGAUAUUGUUAAAAGAGCAUUGAGCUACCCAUUGAAGUUGAUUGCUAAAAACGCUGGUGUUAAUGGAAGUGUUGUCAGUGAGAAGGUGCUUUCUAGUGACAAUCCAAAAUUUGGAUACAAUGCUGCAACUGGCAGUUAUGAAGACUUAAUGGCUGCUGGUAUUAUUGACCCAACAAAGGUGGUGAGAUGUUGUCUAGAGCAUGCGUCAUCAGUGGCGAAGACAUUCUUGAUGUCAGAUUGUGUGGUGGUAGAGAUCAAGGAGCCUGAACCAGCAGUUGCUGGCAACCCAAUGGACAACUCAGGAUAUGGUUACUAGAUGAUUGAAUGAAGGCUACUGAUAGAUAGAAGAGAAGAACUGCCCCUGCGAGAUGAUAGUGGUAGAUGAACAAUGUCUGGUGCAAUGCUUGAAAGCCUUUAUUUUUGUAAAACUUUAGGUAUUCUUUCUGGGAGCAUAUAUAAAUCCUGGUGGGAGUAGCCUUCAGGGUUCGGCACUGUAUGAACAUGCAAUUCAUUGUAUAAUUGCAGAUUCAGUGGAUGUUUGUUGAGUGGCAGAACAGAAAUAAAAUCUUUUACAUGGUUUCUCAUA